GGAGGCAGGACCAGCCCAGACAGCCAGUCGAGGGCCAGAUCGUAAUCAUGGCGGUCGAGCUUGUCCAGGAGGUCAAGCUGUUUGGCAAGUGGUCCUUCGACGAUGUGGAGGUCAGCGACAUGGCACUGGAAGAUUACAUCGCAGUCAAGCCCAAGACUGCGCGGUAUGUGCCGCACACAGCCGGGCGGUACCAGAAGAAGCGCUUCAGAAAGGCGCAGUGCCCCAUUGUAGAGCGGAUCACCGACUCGCUGAUGAUGCACGGGCGCAACAACGGCAAGAAGCUGAUGGCGGUGCGCAUCAUCAAGCACGCGUUUGAGAUCGUCCACCUGCUCACCGACCAGAACCCCAUCCAGGUCCUCGUCGAUGCGGUCAUCAACAGCGGCCCGCGUGAGGACGCAACCCGGAUCGGCAGCGCGGGAGUGAUCAGGCGGCAGGCGGUGGAUAUCUCCCCCCUGCGCCGCGUGAACCAGGCCAUCUACCUGCUGACUACCGGCGCGCGCGAGAGCGCAUUCCGCAACAUCAAGACCAUCUCCGAGUGCCUCGCCGACGAGCUCAUCAACGCCGCCAAGGGCUCCUCCAACUCGUAUGCCAUCAAGAAGAAGGAUGAGCUGGAGCGUGUGGCCAAGGCCAACCGCUGAGCAAAAUGCACAGUGCUCAUGCUGGCGUUUGCUGUACUAGAGUUGUGUGUGCUUUUUCUGCUGUGCACAGACCAGUGUUUGGCUGUGCUUGCUGCAUGUUUCAAUCACUCUCAAAUAAUUGCAGCAGAAUUGAAGUGCAUUUGAUCAUGUAGGUGUGAGACACCGUUCACUGUAAUUCUGUGAUAUUUUC